GGCCAAGACAAGCAAGUCCAUUCAAUGUCUUAUCUUCCAAGCGCCACCCUCCUUUCAGCCGCCUCGACUCUCGUUGGCUUUGCAGAGCCAUUCAACGAUGACUCAGACUUUUUCUUGUCUUCUCGACAGGUCGCACGACUUGCGACCUCGUCUGGGCCGGACAAUCGCCGCGAUGUUACUCUUUAUCUUGCAUCAGCUCAAGCCAACGCAAUCUCAUUCGCUCCUCCAGAUUGAUCUUCGCCAUCCACCCCGCAGCAUUCAUAGAACCAGCCUAGUCAAUCUCCAGAGUCGCGGCCCUUGAACAGGAUCAGGGACCAAUGACAAAAGGAGACUUGCUCUACGGAGCUACAACACACCACUAUGUCACCAGUCACUUCCUCGUAUUUGCCGAUCAGUUGCCGUGUGUGCAAGAGGCAGCGAUAUCCGGCCUCUGCUGAUCCCAUUGACCAGCUUCCUCUUCCAAAUCCACUUAAGAUCUGACUUUGUCGCACUCGACAUUCACCUUCCAACUUCAUCGAGUCCUCUCGCAAAGUCGACCCUGUCAUUUAUCUUUCCGCUCGGAAGACGUCGCACAGUCUCGACUGAGCGAUUGGUCGACGGCUGCGAAGUCGCCUGGAAUUCUUUCAUCACUAAUAUGGCGAACGUCGACAUCCACCCAAGUCCCGUGCUACCCUACGACAAGGAAAUCCGAGAGAACCGUCGAUAUGAGGAUGAAGCCCUGACUGACGGACGCAUGCCCGCCGGCAAAUAUGCGGCAACUCGAAUCACCACUCUCAAGCCGCCGAUGGAUCGCGUACCAAACCCAUUCAAGCUGUUGGCGAUGCUCAACACCCAGCAAUGGCUAUUCUUCUUGGUGGCCUUCUUUGCCUGGUCUUGGGACGCCUUCGACUUCUUCACGGUUUCCUUGACAGUCACGGAUCUGGCUGAAACCUUUAACAAGUCGAAUACGGACAUUACCUGGGGAAUUACCCUGGUUUUGAUGUUCCGUUCUCUCGGGUCGACCAUCUUUGGUAUUGCUGCAGAUCGAUAUGGGCGUAAAUGGCCCUUCAUCGUCAACAACAUCUUGUUCAUUGUUCUCGAGCUUGGUACCGGCUUUACCCAGACCUACGGCCAAUUCCUAGCUGUACGUGCCUUGUUUGGUAUCGCAAUGGGCGGUCUAUACGGCAACGCGGCGGCCACAGCUCUGGAAGACUGUCCAGAGGCUGCUCGUGGUCUCAUUUCGGGAAUGCUUCAGCAAGGCUACGCGUUUGGCUAUCUUCUAGCAACCGCCUUCGCUCGUGCACUCGUGAACACGACCUCUCACGGCUGGAGACCUCUGUUCUGGUUCGGCGCAGGUCCGCCUGUUCUCAUCAUUCUUUUCCGAUUAUGUCUGCCCGAAACCAACACUUUCCGCGCUCGUCAAGCAAUCCGCCAACAGCAGGGAAGCUUGGCCGGCACGUUCAUCUCCGAAGGACGAGUUGCUCUCAAGCGUCACUGGUUGCUUCUGAUCUACAUGGUUUUUCUUAUGGCAGGCCUGAACCUUCUCUCACACGGCUCACAAGAUCUGUACCCAACUCUCCUCACUAAUCAGUUUAGAUUCUCCGCAAAUGCCGUGACAGUUACGCAGGUUGUCGCCAACCUCGGCGCCAUGACGGGUGGAACCAUCGUGGGAUACUGUUCGCAAAUCUUCGGACGACGAUUCAGUAUCAUUUUCAUCUGCGUUAUUGGCGGCGCUCUGCUGUACCCAUAUACGUUUACGUCGUCCAAGGCUGUCAUCGCGGCUGCGUUCUUUGAGCAAUUCUGUGUGCAGGGCGCUUGGGGUGUCAUUCCUAUCCACCUUAUGGAACUGUCGCCCGGCUCGCUUCGCACUUUCGUCGUGGGUACGUCGUACCAGCUUGGGAAUCUUGCCUCCUCGGCGUCAUCUACUAUUGAAUCGACCAUCGGCGAACGGUACCCGCUUCCUUCGAUCACCAAUAAAGAGGGUAAGACCGUCAAGCGAUACAACUACGGCUUAGUCAUUUGUAUCUUUAUGGGCUGUGUGUAUGCGUACACAAUCCUGUUGACGUUUAUCGGACCCGAGAAGAAAGGACGCAAUCUGAACGUCGAGUACGAUCCGGAUAUGGCGGAGGUUACCCAUCGUGACCUCAGACAUCAGGCGGACUCGGAUAUCGCGCAUGGAGACACGAGCGAGAAUGACGAGAAGGCUGUGAAGCAGCAGGAGGUUGCUUAGCUUGAGCAAGGGAUGACGCUACCGGAAAUGGUCUGGCGGAUGUAGCCGGUCAAGGGACCUUCCUACAGGGAUCAGGAACAAUGCUAAGCCACGAUGCCUGUGGGAUUUGGGUCGGAUAACGUUAAUGACGAGACGAAACUUGGGGGAGAUUGAUAUCGCCUAUUGAAGCCGGUAGGCAUGGCGAACAUUUGUCCAACUUCCUGAGAAUGAUUAUGCAUGUGUUAUUACAGAAUGCCCGUUUGUAGGCUGGGGCGUCACUGUCGAAGUCUGC